AUGUCUGCCCUACGUAUCCUCGUUCCCGUCAAGCGGGUCAUUGACUAUGCCGUCAAGCCGCGAGUCAACAAGGCGCAGACGGCCGUCGAGACGGCCGGCGUCAAGCACAGCAUGAACCCCUUCGACGAGCUGUCGGUUGAGGAGUCGGUGCGCAUCCGCGAGAAGAAGCGGGCGCCGGGCGGCGUCGAGGACAUCUGCGUCAUUUCCGCGGGGCCGACCAAGGCGCAGGACGUGCUGCGGACGGCCAUGGCCAUGGGCGCGGACCGGGGCAUCCACGUGGAGAUGAAGGAGGGCGAGGAGCUCGAGCCGCUGAGCGUGGCCAAGAUGCUGCAGAAGGCGGUCGAGGAGCAGAGGAGCAACCUGGUGGUGCUGGGCAAGCAGAGCAUCGACGACGACGCGGCGCAGACGGGCCAGAUGCUGGCGGGCCUGCUGGGCUGGCCGCAGGCGACGCAGGCGUCCAGGGUCGAGUUCGGCGAGGGCGACAGCGUCAGCGUGACGUGCGAGGUCGACGGCGGCGUGCAGACGCUGCGGGCCAAGCUGCCCAUGAUCAUCACGACGGACCUGCGGCUCAACGAGCCCCGCUACGCGAGCCUGCCCAACAUCAUGAAGGCCAAGAAGAAGCCGAUGGAGAAGAAGAAGCUGGCCGACUUUGGCAUCACGACGGACAAGAGGUUGAAGGUGCUCAAGGUUACAGAGCCUGCUCCCCGGCAGGGCGGUGGCAAGGUUGAGGAUGUGGACGGUCUCAUUUCCAAGCUGAAGGAGCUCGGUGCUAUCUAG